AUGGGAGCCUACAAGUAUGUGUCGGAGAUAUGGAGGAAGAAGCAAUCCGAUGUGAUGAGGUUCCUCCAGAGGGUGCGCUGUUGGGAGUAUCGCCAGCAUCCUUCCAUCGUCCGUGUCACAAGGCCCACACGCCCUGACAAGGCUCGUCGUUUGGGUUACAAGGCCAAGCAGGGUUAUGUUGUUUACCGUGUCCGUGUAAGGCGUGGUGGUCGCAAGAGGCCUGUUCCCAAAGGUAUUGUAUAUGGGAAGCCCACAAACCAGGGUGUGACACAACUAAAGUUUCAGCGCAGCAAGAGGUCUGUUGCUGAGGAGCGUGCUGGCCGUAAGUUGGGAGGCCUUAGGGUUCUCAACUCAUACUGGAUCAAUGAGGACUCAACCUACAAGUACUUUGAGGUAAUCCUGGUUGAUGUUGCACAUAAUGCUAUCCGUAAUGACCCAAGAAUCAACUGGCUCUGCAAUCCUGUUCACAAGCACAGAGAGCUUCGUGGGCUCACUUCCGCUGGGAAGAAGUACAGGGGACUGCGUGGAAAGGGACACUUGUACCACAAGGCACGACCUUCCCGCAGGGCUACCUGGAAGAGAAACACCACCCUCUCCCUUCGUCGUUACCGUUGA